AUGAAAGAUCUUGGGACCGCCUUUGUCUUAGGAAUUCAAAUACUUAGAGACCAUUCUAGGGGUCUUUUAGGAUUGUCACAAAGGAGCUACAUUGAUAUAGUUCUGGAUAGAUUCUCCAUGAAAGAUAGUAAACCAGGAGACAUACAUGUUGCUAAAGGAGACAAGUUUUGUCUCAAACUGUGGCCCACUAUGGAUCUUGAAAAGGAAGAGAUGCAUAAGGUUCCAUAUGCUUCAGCUGUGGGAAGUCUUAUGUAUGCUCAAGUUUUCACCCGUCCCGACUUAGCAUUCAUUGUAGGAGUUCUUGGAAGAUAUCUAAGCAACCCUGAUAUGCAACACUGGAUAGCAGUAAAGCGUGUAAUGCGCUACCUGAAAAGAACAAGAGACUUCAUGCUCAUUUAUAUAAAGUCAGAUAACUUGGAGAUCAUUGGGUAUUCUGACUCAGAUUUUGCAGGAUGCACGGAUAGCAUACAUUCCAUAUAUGGUUACAUCUUUCUCUUGGCUCGAGGAGCCAUCUCCUAG